AUGAAACGGCGAUCGUUUGCUGAUGGCCGAGAACAGCAUCAGGGUCCAAAUACUUCGGCUGAAACAGUGCAUGAAAGAUCGGCCCCGGUCUCGAAAACGGAACCCCACCGCACGCAGGCACAUCUUACCCUCUCACCACCUUGCGACUCUAUCCCCCGUCUCCCCAACACCAUCAUUAUUGGCAGGAAUCUUGGGCUGGCUCAUAUUUCUGUUUUUGCACUUAUCACACUCGCUUCUCAUUGCGAGCUCUUCACGCCCCUACGCCCCUACGCCCUUUCACCCUUCGCUUACCCGAGUCGCUCGUUUCUUACUCCCCGAUCCGAAUCCUUUGCUGGCAUUGGCCUUUCGAGAGUAGGAGCCUUCCGCUCCUCGGUGACACAACUUCAACAUGCUUCCAGAUAA